GAACCCUCUGCUCAUCUCCAUUGAGAUUCCAGGGCGCUCCUCACUCUCCAGGGUGUUUCGAUUUUGCCUGAGGGAGAUUUGGAUUUGGGGUAAAGGUGACGGGGGCUGAAUUCGUAUUUGUAUUCGAUACGGCGUGGGUUGGAGUUGUAUAUUUGGUCAGUACAAAUACUUCACAUUUGUAGCGUUUCAUCAAUUUGAUUCUACUUUCUUUCAAAUGUCUUGUGACCUUUGUAUUCUAACUUCUGCUCUUGGCAAAUCAACUGUUACAGAGUCACACACACUCAUGGCGGCAACAUCAACUGUUACCCUUCCAUUUUUCUCGCCUCCCACAACUAACCCUCAUAAACCCAUUAAAACCCUUCAAGGUCCUAACUUUUUCAGACCCUUUUCUGCUCCCAGGAGAAAACCCAUCAGCCUCUGCAGCUCAAGAAUUUCCCAUGUGAGAGCUGUAGCGCCAAAGCUUGCUCACAAAGCUUUGGCUGUUUCUGGGUUGAGUGGCGGCGAUUCUGAAACAGACGCAGAAUUGGAACAGAACAAUCUGAAUAGGGAUGCCGCCAUUGAUUUACAACUACCAAGACGAAGCCUGCUAGUGAAGUUUACUUGUGAUUUGUGUAAUGAAAGAACAAGCAAACUCGUGAACCGAUUGGCAUAUGAAAAGGGGCUUAUUUAUGUGCAGUGUGCAGGGUGCCUCAAGUAUCACAAGUUAGUUGAUAAUCUUGGCCUUGUAGUUGAAUAUGACUUGAGAGGGGAUAUGGAUUCGGAUUCAAAUGCAGAUGCAGUUUAGUCUGAAAUUGAAUUCGUUGUGGUAUUCAAGUUACUUGAUGUUGUUGAAACCCAAAAAUCAUCUCCCUCAAUAUAUUGAACAUGUGGCAUAUACAAAAAUGCUAUUGUUGUUGGUUUGUCUCUUGCAUUAUUCAUUCCUACAUCUGAGAUUUACAUAUGAAAUAAAUGUCUCCGUGCACCACCAGUGAAUUCAUAGUUCAUCAUCUAAGAUGCUAGUUUGUCAUUGCCAGCAGUAUAGGA